AUGUCUGUCGAGAAGGACACCGUGAACGCGUCCUCGGCCGUUGACGGCAUUGGUGCGCCAACUCCCUUGGACGAGAAGAACACGACUGUCGACAAUGUGUCGACCAAGCUCAGGGACGAUGAUGAGCAUCACGGGGAGGAUCUCUACCUGCCCCUCAAGAUGGAUGCCGAUCUGCCCCCCGAAGGCAACCCCCUCACCAUCCGUGCCGUCGUCGUCGGUUGCAUUCUCGGAUCGCUUGUCAACGCAUCCAAUGUCUACCUAGGUCUCAAGACUGGCUUCACCUUCCUCGCCAGCAUGUUCGGCGCCCUUUUCGGUUACGGCAUCCUCAGGCUCAUGUCGCGGACCAACAUCCCCAUCAUCGGUGGUUACUUUGGUCCCCAGGAGAACAGUAUCGUUCAGGCUGCUGCCACUGGUGCUGGUGGCUUCGCCGGCAUUUUCGUGGCUGGCAUUCCCGCCAUGUACCGUCUUGGUCUGCUCAGCGACUCGCCCAAGAAUGAUAUUGGCAAGAUUUUCACCCUGACCAUCUCUUGCGCCUUCUUUGGUAUCUUCUUCGUUACCCCCCUGCGCAAGUUCUUCGUCAUUCGCGUUGCGCGCGAGCUGCGCCUGAUGUUCCCGACUGCGACCGCCGCGGCGCUGACGAUUCGUUCCAUGCACGCCGGCCUUUCGGGAGCCAAGGAGGCUUUCAGCAAGCUCAAGGCCGUGUCGACGGCGUUUGUCGUCUGCAUCGUCCACCGCGUCGUCUCGUACUAUGCCGUCGGCAUCCUGUACGAUUGGCACUUCUUCACGUGGAUCCAUAUCUGGAGCGGCUACUCUUCAUGGGCCCUGAACAUUGAGUCCUGGGGAUGGUACUUUGAGUGGACCACUGCCUUCAUCGGUUCCGGCAUGCUCAUCGGUCUCAACUCUGCCCUGUCCAUGUUUGCCGGUUCCGUUCUCGCAUGGGGUGUCAUCGGACCUGCUCUCGUCCACUACGGCGAGUGCAUCGGCAAGGACGUCUCCGACGGCGACCCGAAGUGGGAUGGUCUGUACAGCUUCUAUUCUCUGGCCAACAUUGGCAAGGGCCCCUCGUCUCCCCGGUACUGGCUGCUGUGGCCUGGUGUCAUGAUCAUGGUGUGCGCCUCCAUGGCUGAGCUGGCCGUGCACUGGAGGAUCAUCUCGUACGGCGUCAAGGCGCUCUGGUCGUCUUCGUGCGCCUCCAUCCACUCGAUGGCCGAGAAGCGGGGCAAGCGCAUCGAGUUCUUCGCCAAGCGUGCCGACGCAUACAGCACGGCAUCGGAGGGAGACGUCAUCAAGGACCCUUCGCCGCCUGAGGAUCAGGUCCCCAUGUGGAUGUGGACGUCUGGUCUGCUGGCCUCGAUCGUUCUCGCCGUUGUCCUCAUGGCCGUCGAGUGGAAGAUCCACGUUGGCCUGACCAUCCUGGCGCUGGCCUCGCAGCUCGUCAUCGGUGGUGCCACCUCGGGCAUGGGAUACGGCGUGCAGCACGCGCAGCGCGUCAACCUCGUGGCCGGUGGUCUCGCCUCGGGUGCCGCUGACGUGUCAACGGCCCUGACCUCCGACUUCCGCACCGGUUUCCUGCUCGGCACCCCUCCCAUCAAGCAGUUCAUCGCUCAGGCCAUUGGCACCUUUGUCUCGGUCUGGCUCGCCCCGGGUCUGUUCAUCCUCUUCACCACUGCCUACCCCUGCAUCAUCAACCCGGAUAUCGAUGGCGGCCACUGCGCCUUCGGCGCCCCCGCCGUCGGCGCCUGGGCUGCCGUCGCGCAGGUCGUCACCGAGCCCAACGUCAGCAUCCCGCUGUCGUCCGGCAUCUUCUCCAUCGUCAUGGGUGUCCUCUCCAUCAUCCAGGUUGUCCUCCGCCACCACUACCUCGUCGGCGAGCGCGAGAAGUACCGCGAGUACCUCCCCAACUGGGGUGCCAUUGCCCUGUCGUUUGUCAUUCCCGGCCCCGUCUUCACCAACGCCGCUCUGCUCGGUGCCAUUAUCUCGGCCGUCUGGCGCAAGUGGAAGCCCGCCAGCUUUGAGAUUUACGCCUACGCCAUCGCUGCCGGUAUGAUUGCUGGUGAGGGCAUGGGCGGUGUCGUCGGCGCCGUUCUGCAGCUCGCCGGUGUUUCGGGAGACAUCAAGGGCACCAUGGUCGGAUGCCCGAUGAACUCGUGCUAA